AUGCUUCCUCCAACCGUCGCCCACGCUACCUCCAACCGUCGCCCACGCUUCCUCCCACCAUCGCCCACGCUUCCCCCCACCGCCGCCCACGCUUCCCCCCACCGUCGCCCACGCUUCCCCCCACCGUCGCCCACGCUUCCCCCCACCGUCGCCCACGCAUUCUCCCACCGUCGCCCACGCUUCCUCCAACCGUCGCCCACGCUUCCCCCCACCAUCGCCCACGCUUCCCCCCACCGUUGCCCACGCUUCCCCCCACCGUCGCCCACGCCGCUUCCCCCCACCGUCGCCCACGCUAUCUCCCCACUAUUGCCCAUGCUUCCCCUCCCAUCGCCCUCCCAUUCGCCAGGAAAUUUCCCAUCCAGCCGACCUCCCUUUCCUCCCACCUCUCUCCACGUCGUCAACACCUCCCCUGCCUAUCACCUUCCCUUUCAUCACCAUCGCUUCAACACCCACGAUGUCGCUCUCGCUCUCCUCAUUGCCACCUUCUCUAUUCCUACCAUGGUCCAUGGUAGGAUCCACUCCACCCAUGCAGCCUGCUUUCUUUCUCUCUCAUUCUCCCUCCCCCCCUGCCUCCCACCCACCCUGCCUCCUCCUCUCAAUCUCACCAACCUCCUCCUCUCUUUUGCACCAACCUAUCUCCCUCUCUCUCUCUUGCGCCAACCUCCUCUUCUCUCUUGCGCCCACCUCCUCCUCUCUCUUGCGCCCACCUCUUGGCCUCCGCCCUUAAUCCGUUCCGUCGUUCCCCCACAGUCAGCCUCCUCACGCUCUCUCUCCUCCCUUUCUCCAUCUCUCCCACACUCUCGACCUUGCUACCCUCUUUCCCCUCUUUGCCAUCCGUCCACCCUCCCUCCUUUCCUCCAGUCCUCCCCCUCACUCUUUCCUCCUUCGUUCAUCCCUCUCUUUCUCCCUCUUUCCCCUUCACUCUCCCCCAUCCACCCUUUUUCUCUUCCUCCUCAAGACCACUCAUCUUCCCUACCUCUAAUCAGCCCGCCCUCCCAUCUUCCCUUCUUCUCAUCCCCCUGUUCUCGCAUCCCCCUGUCCUCUCAUCCUCUCCCGUUGUCUUCUCGUCCCCCUUGUCUUCUCAUCCCCAUGUCUUCUCAUCCCCAUGUCCUCUCAUCCCCCUGUCCUCUCAUCCCCCUGUCCUCUCAUCCCCCAGUUUUUUCAUCCCCCUGUCUUUUCAUUCCCCUGUCUUCUCAUCCCCGUGUCUUCUCAUCCACCUGUCCUCUCAUCCCCCUGUCCUCUCAUCCCCCUGUCCUCUCAUCCCCCUGUCCUCUCAUCCCCCUGUCCUUGAAUCCCUCCCUCCCCUCUCUCCCCUAUCAUGUAGACGAGCAGGCAGUGGUGAUGUACGAAGAGGGGCCAGACGAGUUUGACAUCAAUGCACCUCUCCUUUGCCUUCACACAUCGCAUCCCCACCCCUUUCCUUGUUCCCGUCACAUUGCUCUUCCUCCUCCACCCUCCCACAGACGAGCAGGCAGUGGUGAUGUGCGAAGAGGGGCCAGACGAGUUUGA